CAACGAUUGUAGUAGAGAAGGUGGUAACAACACAUGUAGACAGACCUGAAGAAAGUAGAAAAAAGUGAAUUUUCCAGAGCUCCUGCUCUCUGUUGUUGUUGUUGUUGUUGUUAUUGUUGUUGGUUUUUUUCUUAUCCGAGGCUUCAGGCUGCAGGUGAAUAACUCAAGUGUCUCCAUACCAGAGUUUUUUUAAAAAUAAUUAUCUUGUAAUUAAAAAGUAAAAUGUCAUCCGCUCAAGUGGAUAAAAUAUUGAAAGUAUAUCGGUCAUUGGCCCAAUGUCCAUCAAUAAGUUCAGCGAAAUUAACUUGGGUCGGCGAUAACCAGCUGAUUGCCCAGAGCAGUUGGUCUGAGCGAAAUUUGGAAAGGUCCUCUAAUCAAAAAUAUUCUGUUGAUUAUGUCCUAUCAGCAGAUACAUUUAAAGUCGUAACAUCGUCUUUCCCCAUUGACAUUACAUCCGAACUUUUAUCCAAGACAAGUUUUAACGGUCAGUAUAAAGCUGUGCUGAGAUCUGUCCCCGGGAAAGAUAAAGACCCAACAAGCAAACAAUUCAUUGAAGUUUGGAAUAAACAGUGUUUACUUAAAAAUUACGACUUAUCAGCAAUUGACGUCCAUGGUGAUGUUUAUUGCGAUGGUGAAUUUGGGUCAUUCGAGUGGUCCUCGGAGGCAGACAAAUUAAUAUACAUCGCCGAAAAGAAGCUUAAAAAAUCUGAACCUUUUUAUAAACAAAAAUCCUUGGAUAGCAAAAAAAAUGAUGAUAAAUCUGACAAUGAUGAAAUAACAAAAGGAAACGAAUAUAUUUAUAAAGGUGACUGGGGUGAGCAAUUGGUUGGGAAACAUAUUCCAGCUAUUUGUAUGCUGGACACUAAUUUAAAUACAAUCGUUAAUCUACCUGGAAUACCCGAUGAUUUAUCUCCUGGUCAAAUUAUCUGGACCCCUGCUAACGACGCUAUUGUAGGAGUUGCAUUAAAACAUGAGCCUAGAAGACUGGGUCUGGUUUUUUGUACCAACCGCGAGUCCUGGAUAUUUUUACUCAAGGAUGGGAAAAUGGAAAAACUUUCGAGUGAUAAUUGUUCCGUCCGAUCACCCCGAUUCAGUCCAGACGGUAAACACUUGGUCUGGAUAGAACGAGAUCUCAGUGGACCUCACCACAAUGCCCAGCGGAUUAUGCAUAUCAAUUGGGAGGCUUCAGUCAAAAAGCCAAAUAUUCUUGUUGACGUAGUCAGUAAAAGCAUUACCAUAGAAAACAACAAGCCCUUUUAUGGAGUUUAUAAUCGUACUUUUCCGCGAAGAUGCUGGAGCUCUGAUUCGCGUUACUUAUUUUUCAGUAACCCGCAGCGGUCAAAUGUACGAUCUUACGUUCUUGAAAUCGAAACAAAGAAACUGACGGAAAUCGAAAGCGACACGAGCAGCUUGAGCAUAUUAGACGUUAAAAAUAAUAUACUUUUAUUUUCUCGAACGUCAUUGGUUGAUUAUCCGAGAUUAUUUGUAGGGCGAUUUGAUAAUAAAAAUCUCAACCGGAUAUCACUAGGUGAAAUUUCCUCAGAGAUAAAAGCCGUUGACUUGGAUAAUAUUACAUAUGAAUUCAAUGAAUAUCAGUACAAUAAUGAUGAGCGAGUCCGUGACUUCAAUUAUAUUUACUUUGGACCGAAAACGGGGGCCGAUAAAUCCUGUCCAUUGAUUGUUGUCCCACAUGGAGGACCUCAUUCAGCAUUUGCAAAUAUGUUUUCACUUGAAGCAUCUCUUCUUACUUUACUCGGGUUCGGAAUUUUACAAGUUAAUUAUAGAGGAUCAACUGGCAUGGGAAGUGAUAAUGUCGAGUAUCUCCAGGGCAGAGUUGGAACAACUGACGUAAUUGAUUGCGUAACAGCUACAAAACAAGCACUUAAUAAAUAUCCAUGGCUAGAUCCCCAAAGAGUUGGUCUCAGCGGUGGAUCUCAUGGUGGAUUUUUAGUUGCUCAUUUAAGUGGACAGUACAAUGAUAUGUACAAAGCAGUGGUAGCUAGAAAUCCAGUAAUUGAUGUCGCUGCAAUGUUUACCAUCUCCGAUAUCCCUGACUGUCGCAAUGCACUUUUUAAAGAUGAAAGAAUGGCGCUUGGCCAUGACGUGUGUGCAGCUGCAGUAAACCAACAAUACCGUCAGUCAUUUACCGGUGAACCAAAAUCUUAUGCCGAAGAAUUGACCAUGAAAAUGUUUAAAUGCUCGCCAAUUGUUCAUGCUGACAAUGUCAAGGCACCCACGUUAGUUUGCAUUGGAAAAAAUGAUUUAAGAGUACCACCAUCUCAGGGCAAGUACUGGUACAAUCGUCUCAAGGCAAAUGGAGUAAAAACCAAGAUGCUUGUUUAUGAUGAUAAUCAUCCAUUGAGUUCAGGUCCCGUUGAAAUUGAUGAAAUAAUAAAUGCUGCACUUUGGCUCCUAGAUCAUGUUGAUGCCAGCAAUUAAUAGUAUUAAAUACAAUUUGUUUUAUACAUCAAGUAUUUUUUACUUAUCAAAUAAAUAAAUAUAAACACUCAAUU